CUUUCACUUCCUUCUUCAUCUUCUUUCUCUUUCUUCUUCAUCUUCAUCUUUCUCUUUCUUCUUCACCUUCUUCUUUUUUCUCUCUCUUCUUUACCUUCUUUUUCUUCCACUUUCUUCUUCACCUUCUUCUUUGUGUUCUUUCUUCUCUUUCUUCUUCAUCUUCUUUCUCUUUCCAUUUCUUCACAUUAUUAUAGCUGUAACCACACAACCAUCAACAUCGUCAUCAUCUUUAUUGUCAUCACCACUACCUCCAUCUCUACCUCUACCACUAUCACCACCACCACAACACCACACCACACUAAACUACCACUAUCACUUUUGCAUCAGUAUCAUCACCAUCAUCACAUCACCACAAAAUAUAUAUAUAUAUUAAACAAGCAGCAAAAGCAAGAAAACUACAUAAAUAGAGGAAGGUGGUGGAUUUAGUUAUGCCUGAACAUCACUAAUAUAUGUAUUAUUUUUCAUGCCAAAGGAUGUUGUUUACUUCCCAUCUUUGUUCUAUUAGAAUGCCACUGCGUAAUUUGGCAUGUCAGUUGCGACCCAACUUAUACUCUGACAUUGAACUUGUACUUGGUGGAUAAUGUUAAUGAAAUACAUUGAACAUUUCAGAUUGCAGAAAGUUGGCUGUGGCCGUGUGCAUGAAUAGGUUAUAGUUUUUGUUUGAGCUGUGAUGGCUUCAGAGAAUACUUCCUGCCUGGUAUCUACAUAUCGUUGUGUGCAAACUGUAUUUCAGGACCCCUUGUGUUGUACUUUGGGAAGUGUUUUAUGUUUAUGAACUUUUUAUGUUUUAUAUUAUAUUUUUAUUUUCAGUUCUUGUAUGUUUGUAACCAUGUAGAUGAAACAUAAUAGUUUAGUUGAACUAAAACUGUAGAUAUGUCAUUUGACUAGAUGAUUCAGCAACAUGUUUGCUUUCAAUUUAUUUAUUUAUUUUUGAAAUAAUAGUUUAUAAUUUUUUAGUAAUGACACAUUAUUAGGAUGACAAAGAUAACCAAAUCAUAGUGACAUACUAAUACAAUUCUCCUUCUGCAGGGUAGCACAGUCCUCAGAUAACUUUCCCAAGUAUUAAUUACAGGAAAUUUCAUGAAAACUGUGAGAUUAACUACCUCAGCCAUCUUGUACCAUGGAAGGAGUGAGGAUGAGGCAACAAUUCUGAGAAGUGCUCAGUAUUUACAAAAGGAAUUGCCGGUUCGUAUUGCCAAGAGGAUCAUGGGAUUCCGUUCCCUUCCUUUCAUUGUGGGCUGUAAUCCAAUAGUUUUGGGAGUGCAUGAGCUGUACAUUCGAGCCUUCAACAUACUAAAUGGUUAUGCUCCUGUUACUACCAAGGAAGAUGAAGUGAAUUUCAGCAGGAGGCUUUCUCAGCUCUUAGAGGAUCAUAAGAAUGUAGUAACGCACCUUGCCCAGGGCUUCAGAGAAUGCAGACGGCACAUUCAAGAUGAAGAGUCUGUGGCCCGUUUUCUGGACACAACGCUCACCUCUCGUCUAAGCAUCCGUAUGCUGGCUCAGCACCAUCUUUCUCUUAGGGAAAGUAAGCAAAACUAUGUAGGAAUCAUAAAUGUUGGAAUGAAGCUUAAGGAGGUGAUUGAACGAAGCUGUCAGUUUGUUUCUCGUAUCUCAUUGCACAAAUAUGGGAAGGUGCCAGAAAUCAAACUGUCAGGUCAUGUCAAUGCUGUCUUCCCAUAUAUUGAGUUGCCGCUGGAUUAUAUUUUGCCAGAGAUUCUAAAGAAUGCUGUGAGAGCAACAAUUGAGAGUCAUUCAGAAUAUGAAUCUGGCCACUUGCCACCCAUACAUAUCACCAUUGCUUCAAAUGAGAGAGACUUCAUAAUCAGGAUUAGUGACAGGGGUGGUGGAAUACCCCACCAUCUUGUAGGCAGAGUUCUUGAAUAUAACUUCACAACUGCAAACAAGGAGAAUAUGUCUGAUCCAGAGCAGCAAGAGGGUGUCUUCUCAAACAUGAUGGAAGCUGUUAAUCCUAAUCCAGCUGGUGGGCCCAUGCAUGGAUUCGGGUUUGGACUUCCCACUUCUAGAGCUUAUGCAGAGUACAUGGGAGGCAGCUUGGAAAUCCAAGCCAUGCAAGGUAUUGGAACUGAUGUGUAUUUGCGGAUGCAGCAUAUAAACAGUCAAGCUGGUUCCUUCCGGAUUUAAGUAGAAAUUAAUCAUACAUUACCUAGAAAUAUGGAAUGCAGACUUUCAAACACGUGUCAAGGUAGGGAGAGUAGAGUAAUAUUUUUGAUGCUAGCAUAAUUAAAGAUUAGAAGAUUAAAAUGUUAAAGGAAUGCAACAAAAGCAGAUAAGAAACUUUAAUUCAAAUCUAAUAGCUAGACAAAAAGAAGUAGAGAAGCUUCUGUAUUUGGUAAAAUUAAACUAAAUAAGUUAACAGUUUCAUCAUUAGGGUCCUUUAGGUAGAACUGAAGCCUUGGCAAACAUAUUUUAGUUGAAUCUAAACUUUUGAUUUAGAUUUGUUUGAAUACAUGCUUUAAAAUGCUAAUAGUACCUCAAUUAUAUCAGUAUUUAAAUAACAAUGGUAACUCUCAUACAUAAACAUUUAUUUAUUGCAUAUGACCACCUACUUACCAGUAUUUAUAGUGUGAAUGCAUCUUUUUCAAAACAAAACCAGUGAAUGAAUAAAAGGAUACCAUACAUUUGUUUUGAUUGGAGAAAGUACUUCUGCAUUGUCUUCUAGCAGAUGGUAUGUUUUUGGAUAAAUGGAUGCUUGUCCAUAUUAGAGUAUUGGCUUGUUGAUGGAAUUUGAGCAAAUAAUAUCAUGGUCACUGAAACAUAUAUUAUAGUAUUGAUUAAAAAACUUUUGUAUGUUUAUAACCUGUAUGUAGCAAGUACUGAGUUCAUUUUUAUGAGUCUUCCAGAUAGGAUACCUGGUAGAUUACCAACAAUUGAAAAAUAAAGUAUAAAGCAAUUGUAUAACAGAUCGUGAUUGUUGAUAACUUUAUAUCAUUAUUGUGAUAGAAGUUGAUAGGAAAGAUAUAAAAAAAAAUCUUUGUUUAGUGGUGAAAGUAAGACAUUACAGAAAGUUUUCCUUAAUUAUAAAGAUCUCAGAAAUGAAAUUUUACUGUCAUGUAUUAUUAGAUAGAUGGAUAACAAUAUUUAGUAGAAGACAAAGAUGUCAGCAUCACAAAAUAGUGAAUGAAUAGAAUUACUGAAUAAUGCUUGAUUAAGAUUAUAGCUUGGGUUUAACAGUCUUUUUCUGUAUCCUGGUUGACUUUGUAAUGUGCAACUCACUGCCAUAGCCAAAGCUUUUUAAGUGAGGAGUGAAGUCCAACUUUUAGUGUUUUAAUGGUGUAUAUAUUUCAGUGGGUGAAAGUUUCUUUGUUGUUGUUUUGUUUUUUGUUUUUUGUGCUAAUUCAUAUUAGGUUGAACAAAUCACAAAUUCAUGCUACUUCAAUGUAAUUCUAGAUAGAGUGUAAUCUGAUAAAGUUAAUGAAGAGAUAUUAUGUGGAAGGUAAAUGCAGAAAAGGGAGAUGGGGAGCUUUUUUUUAUAUAUAUGUAUAUAUGGAUCCCUACUUUUUCCUUUUGACAUUUGUCAGACUACAAUCUUGAUCUUAAGUCAUGAAACCUACUUUAUACCCUUACAACAAUAUGUAAGUGAGGAAAGGAUACGAUGUGUAGUUGACCAGAUUCUCAUAUAAAGUAUGUUUAUUUACAGUUUUGCCAUGGAAGUAUAAUUAAACAUAAUUAAUCAGUAUGAUUAAUUAAUCAGCAGUAUGCUUAAAAAAUCUUCAUAAUUCAAAGGUUAGAGAUCAUUAUUAAAAGAAUCUAACUUUAAAACAUGAUUAUAAAAAACAUGAAAUGUUUGACACUUAUGAUAUGUGACUUAUAUUUAUGUACCUACAGAUCUUGUUUAUGUAAUAUAAAAAGCUGAGGGAAAAAUUAAUAAGACAUAUUAUAUUUAUUUAUAUUUAAACAGAACACACACAAUUAUUGUUAGGGCAAAUAUGGAUGAAGUGAAUUGCAGUUCUAUUAAAAAAAAUAUUUGAUAAUCAAAUACACUGUCUGGAAAGCAACUACUUGUUACUGUAUGUAAACCCUAUGGUAGAAAUGAAAAAGAAAAAUCUACAAUUCCUCUAAUUAUACGCACACACACACACACACACACACACUUACACACACACACACACACACACACACACACACACACACA